AAAUAAUACAUGAAGAGUUUAUAAAAGGCAAUAGUGAAUAAUGAUAAAAAUAUUUCUACAAUACCGACGUAGAUAUGGAGAAAAAGUGACAUUUGCAAUUCGUUGUUCAUUGGCGCUGUUGUGCGUGAGUAACGUUUCUUGCAUGCUACUCGGUGUUCCAUUGUCAUAACGGAUGAAAUGAAUAUUUAUCUAUGGAAAGGUCAUUUCAGUUUGCUCGAGAAAUUACAAGUAUUUUUUAUGUGGUUUAAGAAAAACUGUUAAAUUUGGUUAAUUUAAUACAAGUAACGAAUGAAUACAAAUAACAUCGAAUUUGUAAUUAUUAAAACUAUAUGUCUUGACAAAUAAAAUUUUAAGUAAUAUUAGAAAAACAAUGUAUAAUAGAAGGUAACAACCAAAGAAGAUAACUAUGGCCAACAGAAAAGAUAAAUCAUCUACAGGUUUUCUGGACACAUGGUUCGGCCGACCAAAAAAAUCUGGGCGUGGAGGUGGGGUCAGAAGUGGUUUAGGAAACAAUACUAUACCACGACCUCAUUCCGGUGAUGAUUUCAAUGAGAUUGAACAGCAACGUUGUAUCAUCGAAAGAAUGGAUAAAGAAACAGUAAAUGAUAAAUUUGAGGAAAUGUUGGCUAAUAUGAAUUUGACCGAAGAAAAAAAAGAACCAUUACGACAACAAUCGGAAGCAAAGAAAAGAGAGAUGUUGGUUUUGCAUUAUAAAGGUAGCAUUCAGGAAAAUAAAUCAAAAUUUGAUAAACCCGCGGAUUAUAUUCAAUAUUUGGCGCAACCUGAUUUAAGUGUCAACAAAAUCUACAAUUGCAUUGAAUCAUUAAGAAUAGCAUUGACAAAUAAUCCUUUAAGUUGGGUUCAAGAAUUUGGUACAAAAGGAUUGAAACAGGUUUUAGCAACGCUCAACGAGUGCUAUCGAAAUGCCUUCAUAUAUUAUAAUAGUGACAAUCGAUACGAACGUAUACAGUACGAAUGCAUUCGAUGUUUGAAGGCUAUUAUGAAUAAUACCGUUGGUAUAAAGGAGAUGUUGGCUCAUCAGGAAGCACUCACGAUCGUAGCUAGAUCAUUGGAGCCGACAAAACCAUCCGUUAUGUCAGAGGCUGUAAAACUGCUUGGUGCAGUUUGUCUUAUUUCAAGCGACAGUCAUAAAAAAGUUUUGGAUGCGAUUACUAUGAACGGAGAGUUUAAAGGAAGAGAAAGAUUUUUACCUAUUGUACAGGGUCUGAUGAAUAAGAAGAAUGAAAAUCUAAGAGUGGAGUGCCUUCAACUUAUCAAUUCUAUCAUUUCUUCGGCCGAAGAAUUAGACUUUAGAUUGCAUUUACGAAAUGAAAUCAUGCGAGUCGGCUUAGCCGAUAUUUUAGAAACAUUGGAAAAAAAUGAAUCUGAAGAUUUAGCUAGACAUUUGAAAAUUUUCAAUGAUCAUAAAGAGGAAGAUUAUGAAGAAUUUGUACAAAGAUUUGAUCACGUACGAUUGGAAUUGGAUGAUGUAAAUGAUUGUUUUGAAGUAAUAAAAAAUAUGGUAAUGGAAACGUCUGCUGAACCAUAUUUUUUAUCAAUACUUCAACAUCUUUUAUUCGUCAGAGACGAUGCUUUAGUCAGACCGGCCUAUUAUAAACUGAUAGAAGAAUGCGUAUCACAAAUUGUGUUGCACCGUUCAGGCUGUGAUCCGGAUUUUAGUGCAACUAAGCGUUUUCAAAUUGAUGUCCAACCAUUGAUCGAUACAUUGGUUGAAAAAUCACGAGUGGAAGAAGAAAGGCGAUUGGUUGAAGUAUUGCAAAAGUUAGAAGAAGCUAUAGCUAGUAAACAAGAAGCAGAAGCGAAACUUCAACAUGCAGAAAAUAAAAUUAGAGAGUUGGAACAAGGAGGAAUUAAAUCAACCAAUGGUAAUGCGAAAAUUGGUUCAGUCCUCGGUUUGGCUGGAAUUGGUAAUCUUCCACCUCCACCACCUCCGCUUCCGAAUGCAAGUGGAUCAGCAAUAAUAAUAGCACCGCCACCUCCACCACCACCACCUUUACCGGGUUCUGGCGGUCUAUGUCCGCCUCCACCACCACUUCCUGGAUUAGGAGGACCGCCACCACCACCUAUGCCUGGUAUGCUAGCAGGUCCUAAACCUCCACCAAUGCCGCAAUCAGGUCCUCCACCGCCAAUGAUGGGUGGGAUUAAUUCCGCCAUUAACAUGUCACAAUCGCUUCCAUUAGGAUUAAAACAAAAAAAAUGGGAAGUCGAUGCACCGUUGAAGAGAGCAAAUUGGAAAGCAAUUAUGCCACAUAAACUCACCGAAAAAUCAUUUUGGAUAAAAGUGCAAGAGGAUAAGUUGGCUAGUCCCGAAAUACUAAAUGGUUUAAGUCUAAAAUUUGCAUCAAAACCAAGUGGGAAAAAAAUUGAUGACGUUGUCGAUAAAUCAGCUCCAUCAAAGAAAGUGAAAGAUUUAAAAGUUCUUGAUGGAAAAGCUGCUCAAAAUAUUCUUAUACUUCUUAAUGGUACUUUAAAGCAUAUGUCAUAUGAAGAAGUAAAAUCUUGUUUACUCAAAUGUGAAGGACCCGUUAUUUCGGAUAAUAUACUUCAAGGACUGAUACAGUAUUUACCGCCACCCGAUCAAUUAAAAAAACUUCAUUUUUAUAAAGAUCAGUAUGAUGAUUUAACAGAAGCUGAACAGUUUUGUAUUACUAUAUCGACAAUCAAGAGAUUGUUGCCGAGACUGAGAUCAUUAAGUUUCAUGCUGCGAUAUGAAGAAUUAGUACAAGAUGUAAAACCGGACAUAGUGGCAGGCACAGCAGCUUGCGAAGAAGUAAAGGAUAGUAAAAAAUUUGCCAGAAUUCUGGAAUUGAUCCUGUUGCUUGGCAAUUAUAUGAAUUCUGGUUCAAAAAAUGGUCAAGCAUUUGGAUUUGAAAUUAGUUUUCUUACUAAGUUGACUAGCACUAAGGACGUUGAUAACAAACAGACUUUAAUGCAUUAUUUAGUAGAUACAAUAGAACAAAAGUUCUCAGAAUGUCUCACUUUUACAGAAGAACUGGCACACGUAGAUAGAGCAAGUCGAGUUUCGUUAGAAAAUGUACAAAGAACUUUGCGACAAAUGGAUUCUAGUAUUCGAAAUCUCGAACAAGAUUUAUCGAAUGCCAAAAUACCACAAUCCGAUGAAGAUAUGUUUUUACAUGUCAUGGGUCCUUUUGCAAAAAAAGCCCGUGAAUCUUACGAAGUUCUUCAAAAUAUGUUUAAAAAUAUGGACAGCUUAUACACAGAAAUUUCCGAAUUUUUUUCUUUUGAUAAACAGAAAUAUACAAUAGAAGAAUUUUUUGGCGAUAUAAAAACAUUUAAAGAUGAUUUCAUGCAAGCUCAAAAAGAAAUAAUAAAGAUGAGAGAAACAGAAGAAAAGCAAAGAAGAGCGAGAGAGGCGCGAGAAAAAGCAGAGGCAGAGAAAGCAGCUCGAGUAGCAAGGAAAAUAGCACUUGUCGAUAUGAAUGCACAUGAAACUCAGGAAGGUGUUAUGGAUAGCUUAAUGGAAGCUCUUCAAACUGGUUCCGCGUUUAGUCGACCAGAUCAACGUCGGAAACGUCAAAUACGCGCUGCUGGUGCAGAAAGAAGAGCUCAACUUAAUAGAAGUCGAUCGCGUACCGGAUUAGUUGGAACUGGUUUGCUAGGAAGAGAACUUUCAACAGAACUUAUAAGCUCGGCAUAAUCCAUGGAAUAACCUGUUUCCGUCCUAAAUUCAAAACUGUGAUGGAUCGAGUGUUUGUUUUAUCAAUAAAUGAAAUCGGUAAAAAAAAUACAAAUAAUUUGAAAAGCACGCGAACUUUCGAUAUCAAUUUAUUCGGUAUCAGCGAAAGAAAGCUUUGAUUUUUGCGAAUUAUAAUUAAUCUAGCAGUCUUCCUAUUAUUAUGGCUAAUGUGUUUAGAGCAAUUGUUUCGUAGAUAUACGUAACAUGUAUUAAUACAAUGCUAAGCGUUUCAAUGAUAAUGAAAAAAAAACAUUUAAAAAUAACUCGACUAAAUUUUCUAUCAAAUUUUCAACUUCUUAAUUGGUUUUUUACUUUUAUUGAACUAAUUCCAUUAACAGAAAACAUACAUUUUACAACUGUGAAAUAAUAUAUUAUGUAAAUAUGCAUAUACAUAUACAAUAUGCGUACAAUAGAUCUUUUUCUUUGCGUUAAUCCAAAGACGGCUGAUCUUGAGCACGGUGAUCGAUUAGCCUCGUUCGAUUAUGUGAAAACGCAUAUUGGUAAUCGAAUCCUUGUAUUGUCGCGAAACCUUUCAAACCGUGCCAAAUCAAUGAAGCGUCGAAAAAAAAAAUGAAUUAUGCGAUAAUUUUAAGCAUUUUUGCGUAAAAUGUUUAAAUGCGGACCGAUUUGUAAAAAUUCAAAUGAAUUUGAAGAUAUAUUUUGACGCUAUAUUAAAAUAAUGAAAGACCAUUUAUUUUUCGAAUCUCGAGUUCGGCAAUUGUUUAUAUUGUAUGUAUUAACGUCAGAUCUUAAAAUAAUUUGUAUCUAUAUUGUGAAUAUGUGAACUUAGAUAGUAUCAAUACAUUACGAUCAAUACAA